AUGUUAGCUAAUUUGAUUUAUUUGGGUUAUUCAAUUACACUUCUAUUCAUUGAUUUUUAUCCAGGUUUUAGUACAACAUCGUCUGAUACUUAUACAGAACUGAAGGUAUCUAAUGACUCAAUAUCAAUUUUUGAUCAACCAAUAGUCAUAAAUGAAUAUGUCAAUCAACUCUGCAUAGCAUGGCGUGAUCGAUCAUGGCUUGAUAUUGUCUUAAUACCAGAGUAUAUGAACCAUACACAAGCAGGACUUUAUCUCUGGUCAGCAUUAUGGCAUUCGAAACAAACUACUCUUGGUGGUUAUUAUACUAUGGCUGUACAUAAAAUUGAACUGUAUGCAUCUUGUAUUGAAUUAUGUACUGCAGUUGGAUGGAUGAUUUCAUGGUAUAUGACAUAUACACGUACAAUAGGUUGUGGUUUUACUUUUGAUGAUCCUGAUACAAUGGGUUAUUUAACAACAACGUCAAAUACAUUUAUAUAUUUUUUUUAUAAUUUGCAGAUAUACAUUCAUCCCGAACAAUAUGGAACUAAUCUAUUAUAUAUUUGCUGCAUUACGUGA